AUGGGUGUCGAUCAACAUGCUCAAUUGGAUCGCUUCAGUCUCUUCCUCCCCUUCCCCUAUCGCGUGGCGGUGAUACUGCUGGCUGGUUUCUGGGGUUGGGGUGCUAAUCUGCAAUACCUCCUAAAGGCCAAUAUUGAUGUCCCUGCCCUUAUUAAAUAUCCUGCUCGACAAUCCUCCAGUCAACGCCCGCAUUAUGCCUCGACAUACCAGCUGGCCACUCUCCUGACUAUCCCGCUCGUCGUCUCCCUCCUUAUCUUCUGGCCCGCCACCCAUGGCUCCGCAGAACGCGUCGAAGCGGUGGAAUUCAUUCCGCAAUCAUACUUCUUCAUAGGACUGUUUAUUCUCAUCCUGCCCUUCUACCGGAUCGCGCGCUCGGGCCGAUAUCGGUUCUUCAUGACCCUGAAGCGCAUCAGUCUUGGAGGUCUGGCGGAAGCACAAGAUGGCAAAUUCGGGGAUAUUCUGCUGGCAGAUGCUCUGACAAGCUAUUCUAGAGUCCUCGCGGACUUGGUUGUUACCUUCUGCAUGUUCUUUACCACGGACGUCUCCAGCACGUCCAAACCCACCCGCAAGUGUCGCACGAACGAUUACGUCGUUCCCUUGAUCAUCGCUUUCCCCAGUAUCAUUCGACUUCGUCAAUGUCUCAUUGAAUACUUGCGUGUGCGUCGGGCUACCCAGCGUAGUCAAGUCGCGGGCAGCCAGGGUGGCCAGCACUUGGCUAACGCCCUGAAAUACGCCACCGCGUUCCCGGUUAUCAUCCUGGCAGCCAAGUUGAAGAACUACAACCCUCUAGACUUUUACGGCUACAGUGAGAUGAGCCUUUCACGGCUCUUGUUUUUCUUUACAUUCAUCAACUCCGCAUACUCCUUCUACUGGGAUAUCACCAAGGAUUGGGAUUUGACCCUCUUCUCUUCGGCACGCCACAGCCACGAACACCCAUACGGACUGCGCCGCCAUCGCUAUUUCGCCAACCGACAGUACUACCUCGCGAUCAUCAUUGAUCUGGCCAUCCGUUUCUCCUGGCUCUCUAGAUACGUGCCCGGAUUUGUCUGGAUGAGCGAGACCGAGUUUGGAAUUUUCGUACUCAUGUUCUCUGAGGUCGCCCGUCGCUGGAUGUGGGUUUUCCUCCGCGUCGAGGCCGAGUGGAUCCGAAACAGCCGCGGUCCUGCCCCCGACGAUAUUCUCCUUGGCGAGUUCGGCGGCAAAUUGGACGCAGACUGAACUUAUACAGCCAUGCCGCAUCUUUC